AUGUCGAUCCUCACCUGGAUCAAGGACGUGAUCGGUUUGGGCACGCUGCCGAGCCCACCUUACUCGCCAGCUCAACUCUACUCGAUCGUGCUGGCGAGUUUCAAAGCGUGGCCGUUUCUCAUACCUGUCCUAUCGCUCAUCAACGCGCCUCAUGGCAGGUUCGCGUUCGAUAGCCUGCUCAACAUCAACGGCAAUCUGGGCUGGUUUAUCAUGGAGAUUCCUUCGCCCAUCUUUGUGCUGCUUGGUGCGCUCUCCAAGCCGCUCUCAGCUUCGGUGGUCAAAGGAUCCGGAGAAAUCUUUCCGCCGUUGUCGGAGCUCUUCUCGCCUUCGAUCAAGCAUUUCUUGGCUCUGCCAUCGGCCAAUCAGGUGCUGGUGGUGAUGUUCUUGAUUCACUACUCGCAUCGUGCCGUGUUGCAGCCAUUGAGGUCGCCCAAGCGCUCGCCGCUGCAUAUUUCGGUGCCGCUGUCAGCAGUGGCGUUCAACUUGAUCAAUGGCUUCGUGAUGGGUAGCUGGCUUGGUGGAAGGACUCCCUGGUCCGCACUUCCGCAACCUGCCGUUGCUUCGGCUGCUCUCGCCGCUGUCAGCGCAAAGGCAGGCAACACAGCUUCAGCACUUGCUGCGUCAGAGCUCACGCGAAAGCUCAUUUCCACAGGAGCCGCAGAUGCAGUGGGAAUCGAUGCACCUGGUCUUAUCUCGAAUUCGGUGUGGAAGAGCCCCCUCUGGUAUUUGGGUCUGGCAGGCUGGGCGAUCGGGUUUGCCGGAAACGUCAUGCACGACGAAAUCCUGAUGAACAUUCGCAAGCCUAACAAGCAAGCGCAGUCAUUCCAAAAGCGCUUCGACGACAAGACGAGUGUGUGCAAAGGCACUUCCAAGUACUCGAUCCCGCGCGGAGGUAUGUUUGAAUACAUUUCAUUCCCCAACUACCUGUGCGAAUGGUUCGAGUGGCUCUCAUUUGCAUUCGCCGCCAUCCACUCGUUGCCCAUCUUUACCCAUCUCAGCAUCAAGGACGCCAUCGCAACAGCACUUUCGACACCACCCUGUCUCUUUCCCUUUGUGCUCAUUUGCCUUAUGGCUCCUAGAGCUACCAACGGUCACAAGUGGUACAAGAGGACAUUCGGCGACAAGUUCCCACGCGAACGCAAGGCAAUCAUCCCUUUUGUCUUUUAA